AUGGACGCCACGCUGGAGCGCCCAAUUCAUGAGAAUUUCAUCAACACGCAAGACCUAGUAAAAUGGGUGGAGGGACAACCCAAUGAUUCUCGCAUACCCACCGCUCAGAGCAUAUUUGAUGACCUCUUGGCCAAGUCCUCCCAGCUGAAAGCGACAUCCGGCAACUCGUGCGUCAAGCUCUGUGGUUUUGUGGCUCAGUGCACAAAGUCUAAGCUUCCUGAGAUUCAGGGAUGGGCCUACACAGAAGAGAUGAGCUUGAAGCUCUUCAAUUUCUUUAUCGAGUGGAACGAGGUGGAGGCGCAUAGACACCUGAGGCUUGUGUUGGACCUCCUCCCAAGUCUCAUCAACCAGAACCCCGAUUCAACGAUAGGGUCUGCAGUCAAGUUGAACAUCUUGGAUACCCUGGUUUCCAUCGUCGGACCCAAUUCCUCGAGACCUCUGGUCAAGUCGUCCAUGAAGGCCCUGGAUCAGUUUACCUCCAAGAGGCUCUUCUCUGUCGAGGAAAUUGGACAGAGCUACCGCAGAGUACACGCACAUACUGUCUGGCCAUCAGAUCUGGAUCUAUGGCGGGUAAUAUUUGCACAGCUAUUCCAUCGCAUGAUCACUAUGCGCGCCAACGCGGGCAAGCUGGUCGUGACGCUCUACCAAGCCCUGCAAAAGUCAAAGGGCGAGAUCGGCCAACAGUUCACCGUCCAAGUAUGGCUCGAAUGGCUUCAGGAAGCUCUAACGAGGGCACCCAUGUUGCUGGAUAGCGUCAAAAACUAUGUCUUCCUCCCUGUAUUUAAGCAGGACCGCGCCGGGUCUCUGCGGUUCCUGGAGAUUAUGAAAGAGCUGGACCCGGUAUCGGUGACGAGUGAAGACGAUGAGGACGAGGUCAAUGUCCAGGCUUUGCUGAGGUUCAAUGCCUUGGAAAUUGGAAAGAAGGUCGGAAUCGUGGAUGAACCUGGCGGUGUCCCCUCGGAAACCAAGUCUGCAGUCGUCCUCGAAGAAGCUAUGCUUCACAGCGUGUUGUCCCACCCGUCGUCUGAAGUCCGAUCGCUGGCGUUAUCGCUCAUCAUAUCUUCAAACUCAACAACUAGGCCGUUCUUUGAGCCCUCACUCCGUCUCUUGCAGACGCACCUCCCUCACCACUUCUCCGAUCCCAGCGCUAGAUUCCGCAUGGAGCUUCUGAGCAAGGUCAAGGCCAUGUACCGGCGCGCACGAGGCGCCAUCCCUCUCCUUCAAAAGGCGCUUCAUCGGGUCGACACAGCGCCAUCAAAAACAACGCCAAAGGCAAACAAAAUCAAGGUUGGCACGUCUGCCGAGGAGGCAAUGGCGUGGCCAAAGGAAAGGAUCGAGAACGUCUUGGCUCAGCACAAGGAUUUUGUUGCGUGGUUCUUGCGAUUCCUCAAGUCAGAGCUCAUUCCGACAGCUUCGUAUCAACGCCACUUCUCUAUUCUCCGCGCCACGCUCUUCAUCAUCCGCAUAGAGCUGGAUGACUCGAAAGUCUGGGAAUCCAAUGAGGAGGAGGUUCCAUUCUUCAGCACCUUUGACACCACAUGGACACGUAUACUUUUUGACCUGGUCAUGGACGCCUUUGAAGAUGUGAGGGCUAUCAGUAACGAGAUUCUGAUGGUCUUCUUUACCGAACCUCGUUUCAAGGACGCCAUCAGCCCCCUGGGUCAUAUAAGGACCGUCACCGAAUUCAUCGGACGAGCCGAAGAUAUCACACGUCGCACCGCGAGGGCUGACCACUCUGACGGCCUUGCUCGCUCGUAUGAGCUCCUAAGUCGAAUCCACGGCCAACAGCAGGAGCGACUCCUCGUGGUAGCUUCGCUCGUGGAUCUAUUGGAGGGCAAGCUCUCUCUGGCAGAGAUUGAUCUUGGCAAAGCCGUUCUUGAAGCUCCUAUUUACGGCUAUUUUGCCUCUCUCCGCUUCGUUUGGCAGAGCCUUUGUGAAGCCACCUACACCGAGCCUGAGAUGAAGGCUCUGGAUCACCUACAGUUUCGUCUGGUAAAAGCCUGCCAGCGCAUCUGGGCGACUGUGGCAUACGUCCUCUGCGAUGACUCGCCGGAGGGUCAUCUACCGCAGGAGCUGGAGGACAUCGAGGGCCUCGAUACCAAAGAUCUCUUGAGCUACAGUUUCCGUGCCAUCCACGAGUCCAGCAAUCUCAUGCGGGCGAUGAUCGUGUCACUGAAAAGCAAAGCGAGAGAGGGCGAUUUGCGUCCAUCUGUCUCCACAUUUUCUGCCUUUGGACAGUUGACCUUCGAUCAAUUGACGAACUUGCGACACAGAGGUGCCUUCUCAACGGUGUCUCUGACUUUUGCCACGUGCUGCCAGCUUGUGCAAUAUUCCGGAGGAAAGCCUGACUGGGUGCCUGAAGGCGAGACGCUGCUGGACGUCUGGUAUAGGGGAAGCCAGGAGUGUAUCCUCACCCAUGCGUCGACAACUCGCCGGUCGGCUGGUAUCCCUUCCAUGAUCACUGGCAUCCUGUCCGCCGAUGCCGAAUCCCCGUCUUUCGAUCGCGUGAUCGCAGACUUGACAGAAGUUGCGCAGCGCGAGGCGCGCGUCACCAAGACUGACGGCUCCAACCUACCCCAGGUCCAUGCUCUUAACUGCUUGAAGGACAUUUUCAAAAGCGCUCACCUUGCACAAAUGGGCAAGGUGGAACGGCACAUCCCCCAGUGUCUCGAGCUCGCAGCUGGCUGCCUCAAAGCCGAAGUAUGGGCGAUACGGAACAGCGGUCUCCUCCUCCUCAGGAGUCUGAUUGACAACCUCUUUGGCACGAACGAAAGCAAGACCCUUAUCGAAGCCGGCUGGGACGGAAAGGCCUCGCGAGUUCAUUAUCACAAGUACCCCAUCAUCCCAGUCGUGCUACUCAACCUUCUGCGUUCCGGACAGGAAGUCAUGAAGCCUAGCACCGGCACCAUUGCCGCCGAGUCUGUGUUCCCUGCGCUAGACAUUAUCCGCCGAGCUGGACCUCCCGAGGACUUGCGCGCAGAGCUGUAUGGCCUUGUCACUGAAUACCUGGGCAGUCCAGUGUGGCACGUUCGGGAGAUGACAGCUCGUGCUCUGUGCUCUUUUCUGCUGCAUGACGGCUGGCUGCAAUCCAUCCAGGAGCUUGUGGAUGGGUCUGAAAGGCAACGGGUGUUGACGCAGGCCAACAGGUUGCACGGUGUGCUACUCACCAUCAAAUACGUCUUCGAGAAGCUGGCAAAUGUUUUGCCAGAGCUGGCGCAGAGGGACACUUCUCCGUUGUUGGACUUGGUCCUCGACCUCUACAAAGAGGCUCCCGAGAUCUUCCUCCGAUGCCCCGAGGCACACGCAACAUAUGCUGAGAUCCUGAAUGUCAUCUCUGCCUUUGCAUCUGGGACCGCCAACACGCCAGCCGAGAUUGCAGCAGAAGACGCUUUUGCAAGCUAUGCUCACAGUGCCUUGUUAAGCGGCCAGAUUGCGGUCCAGGAAGUCUACCAAGCAGCGUCGAGCCGUGACGUGGCUCUCCUUUCGCGCAAGGCCAUCAACACAGCAUCGAGCAAGCCAGAGGCCGCGGUCGACAUGUUGGAGGCCAUCCCGGUCGUGUUUCAGGCCAUCAUGAGUCCCGAAUUGGGCGGCGAGCUGUGCAACGUGUAUCUGGGCGUGGGCGCCCAGGCAGAGGCUCCGGAGCCGCGCAUCGUAGCCCUGGAAAACCUCGCCGAUACGAUUGAUGACCUUCUGGAGCAAACGCGUCUGGACUUGAUUCCGUCAGAUGCUAGCCUGGCGGCCCUCUGGAACGAGACUCUCGCCAAGUCGUUGAACCCCGGCCUCUCCAACGCCGUCAUCCGUCUCAGUGGUUCCAUCAUGGCGACGUCCGCACUCCGCCAGGCCGCAAACUCCCAAGGCCAUGCUCUCGAGACUCUCCAGAACUGGACAGCCAUGAUUUCUGCUGCAGGCCAUGAAGACCAGCCGUUCGAUACGCGCUUCGCAGCGACCCAAUCCCUCAAGUCGUAUCUUUCUGCGUGCCCCUCUUCGGAGCCCGCCUGCAUGCCCGUGCUCCUCGCCCUCUACGACGCCCUCAAUGACGACGACGAGGAAGUCCGCGCCCUCGCCGCUCUCGCCUCGCGUCCUGUUCUAGCCAGCCAGACCCUGCUCCCGCUUCGCGCAGCCGACUCCCUCCUGCAGCUACUGCACUCGUCCUACAGCCAGCUGCCUGCCUACCAUGCCGCCGUCGCGCAGCGCUUGACGAGCACGUCCUCGGCGGCCCAGCAGCUCGCGACGGCGCUACACUUUGACGACGCGCUGUUCGCCGUCGAGGAGCAGAACCAGUACAUCGACGAGGUGCGCGAGGCGCAGCGGUGGGCGGGGGCCUACGAGAGUCUCCCUGCCGGCGUCGACGACGCUGCGCUGGGCGGAUGGGCCGCUGACGGAUUGAAGGCGCUGAAGGAGCACGUCGAGAAGGAACGGGAUGGGCCGCUCGGGUGGACGGGCAUGCCGGAUGCCUACGCCGUCUGCAUCCGGGUUCUGGUGGCCGCGAGGGCCGUCGUCGCCAGGCAGGGCGGGGAGGCUGAGAAGCUCAAGGCGCUGAUGGCGGAGCUCAAGGGGGUGGCACCGGACAAGGCGGUGCACGGCAUGAUUCUGGAGUUGCUGGGGUAG